AUGAGUAGCUCUUCUGAAUCAAAGAGCAGCAAUUCCUUGACCAACUCCUCUGGCUCCAAUCUUAGCAAACCCCAAUCGAAUGCAGCAUCCACACCCCCAACAUCUAUUGCCACCAGUGGCUCUCCUGCCAAGAGCAUGGACUCUCCCAUUUUGUCUGCUGACAAUCCUGGACUUCGCGUUGAGUGGGCUCGCGCCUUCAACUUGGGAAAAUGGCGGCAGACAGGACGAGGAUUGCGAUUUGCCCACGAAGAGGUCAAAGACCUUGCAAACAACGCUACAAUAUACCUCAACGAGCGCAUGCUCGAGCUCUCACGAAUCACUCGCCGAGCUAUUGCUGCGAGGUUGCGAUACCAACGCCUUCGCUCCCGCGAACUAGAUUUGAUAAAGUCAAUUCUUGACGACGAAACCGAGCUGUGCCAGACGCAGUUGAGUGGAGUUGAUGUGCAAAUUGGCUCCAUCCGAAAUAUGCUUCAGGACGCUGGGGUCGCGCAAAUAGGGAGCACAGGUUCUAGGUUUGAUCCUAAUGAUGCGGCUGGGCCCUGUUUGAUUCCAAUAUGUAAUAGAACGCCCGGUAAUUUACCGCCUGUGCCUGUGAUGCUCGCACAAGACCUCGCCUGCAAUAACCCCUACUUGAUGGACGCCCCAGAAUCAUUAACGUUUACACCAAUUGAGUUCGACCCCGACGAUCCCUCCGAGUCUAGUCUGAGACAGCGGGGGAUACCUGCUCAACUCGGUUCAUCACAUUAUAACCCAUAUGCACGCAGCAUGCCUGGCUCAAGGCCUUCUACAUCGCUAGCGUCAGCAAGCGUAAUAGAUGAUGCCGAUAGUGCUCGUUGCACCACAGACUUGCAAGAAGCCCCACAAUCUAAGUGUAGCAUCAAGGACUAUGAUAAAACACAGCAACUAGCCAUCGAAUGGGCGAAAAUGCACCUCGUUAUGGACAGUGCAACUACUGGCUGGAUCAGGAACAGUACCAGAGAUGAGAAGGUCAAGAUGGAGAUGCGCGUUAGGGAGAUCAUUUUUCAUGCCGGUAUAAAGUUCGGUUGUGUCCGAGCCCUAACGAAGGACCGUAGAGAGCUCGCAAAAACGGGCGAAGAAUUUGCGCCCCUGUACAAGCUUGAACCGCCGUCAAAGCGGUCCGAGGAGGAACACCAGAUUUAUAUGAACAAUCGAAGGGUAGCUAUCUACGAUGCAAAUCAGCCUUUCGAAUACUAUCUACAUGGUAUAGAGGAGACUGAGACGUCUACCAAUGUCCUGGUCUUCUCAGGUCAAGCUGUCGAAAGUACUCAUAUCAAGCACUGGUAUGAGAGCAAGAAAUCGCCACUUUAUGAUGAAGAAAUGAGGUCCUCGAUUAAUACAACACCCCUUGACAUGCUCGCAGAGUCAGCGGUGGGAAUAAGGUGUGCCAUUGAUCGGUACGUCGAGGGUCGACUCUCCGGAUCAAAAGAAAAUAACACCCUGCACUUCGCUACCGACGUAUAUGCCAACGAGCAACAGUUGAUCAAGAACGCGAUGGUAUUUGCCCUCCAGCAAAAUAUACAUCGGGAGUCAUUCCAGAAGCGUCUAUUAUAUCUUCAUCACAGAGGCCUUCAAAAAUUGCACGAGAAGCUGGGCCUUUCGGCUCCUGAAUUUCCGAUCCACGUCCCUUUAACAGCGGAGGAGUUGAGCAAACCACGCCUAGUGCCGAGUCAUAAUACCGCGACUGCCCUGCCCGGGCCUUCCACUUUGUUGCCGUUUGGACAAAUAGGUGGUCAGGCGCCAUUGAUGACGUCGGGACCGCAGAUGUCGUUUGUACAGAUCUCAGGUGAUGUGGGUCUGAAUAUGUGGGGCUUUCCAAGUUUUGGAGACUCGGAGCAGUCCCGUCUUGAACGAGGCUCCGGGUCCAUGUCGACCCAAAUGCCUUUCAACAUAUAG